AUGGAGAAAUCUGCUGACACGACUCCGUCAACUUUGACCUCGGAGAUCAGGGAUCCUGAUCAAAUAUGGAUAGAAUCAAAAGAUAAUCCUUUAAACUGGUCUCAGUCCAAGAAGUAUCAGACAAUUGGCUUAGUCUCCUUUCAAGCAUUCAUCUCCCCUCUCGCAAGUUCCAUCAUGGCUCCCGGUUUACCAGAGCUAGCGGAAAAGUACAAUAUCAAAUCCGAUACCGUUCUGGCCUUGACUCUGACGAUAUAUAUCCUGGCCUGGGCACUUGGUCCCCUCGCCUUUGCCCCGUUGUCUGAGAUAUAUGGCCGGCGGUGGGUGAUUAACAUAUCGAGCGUCAUAUUCACCGCGUUUAGUAUUGCGUGUAUCUUUGCCGUGUCAGCCGGAGAACUGAUUGCUUUCCGAUUUUUGGCUGGAAUCGGAGCGUCGACGCCGAUAUCCAUCGCGGGAGCUGUCAUAGCCGAUCUUUUCAUCUUGGAGGAGCGGGCUCCAGCCAGCGCUAUAUAUGGCUUGGGUUUACUGAUAGGGCCCCCGACUGGGCCUAUCAUGGGAGGAUAUCUGACACAGACUGUUGGAGUCCGGUAUGGCUUCGUUCUAACAGCCGCUCUCGGUGUCACAGCUCUAGUCCUUAGCAUGGUGUUUCUUCCCGAGACCGAUCAUACAAUCAUCCGAUCAAGCUCUGGCUCGCGACGUGGAGGGUUGAUGGGGCUCUUCAACAAAAAGGCAGAGACAUCAGUUGACGAUGAGCGGACACAGCCUCCCGCCCCCUUGACGGGGUCAGCUAGAGAAGCAGCCAUACGGCCUUUGGUCCUUCUUACAAGAAGUCCUAUUUGCCUCAUUCUGAGUUUCUACGGAGCCCUUGUCUACGGAUUUCUCAACAUGUUUUUCACGACCUUUCCAACGAUAUUUGGCGAGAUAUAUGGAUUUAAGCCUGGACCAACCGGUCUGACGUACAUCGGAGGCGGACUCGGAGAGCUGUUUGCUACGGCUUUGGGUGGAUGGGUUGGAAAUACUGUCUACCACAAUCUGACCAAGAAGAAUGGCGGCACCCCCAAGCCUGAAUUUCGAAUGCCUGGAAUGCUUCUCGGUUCUGUUGCCGUCCCCAUCGGGCUCUUCUGGUUCGGAUGGACGGCCCAGACUCAUCAGCACUGGAUGCUCCCCAUCAUUGGAUCGUCCAUUUUCGGAUUCGGCAUGAUGUCCAUCUUGUUGCCGCUGCAGCUCUACUUCAUUGAUGCAUUCAAAUACUCGGCUGCCGCACUGGCAGCGUCCUCGCUCGCUCGCUCGCUGCUUGCAUUCGCCAUCCCCCUAUUCGCCCCACAAAUGAUUGAUGCGAUGGGACUGGGGGGAACAUAUUCUUUCCUUGGCGGAUUGAGCAUCGUAAUAGGCAUCCCGCUGCCCCUAUGGGUGUAUUUCCAGGGGGAGAAGAUCCGAGCCAGGAGCGAUUUAAAUCAUUGA